CCGGACUGCCUGUUGAUCGCUCUUGGUCUUCACCAUACCCCUUUGGAAUAGGCUCAGGGGUGGCCUUUGGGGCUUGGAUUGCAUUUCAGAUAGAGGAAAGGCCUUGGGGAUGUGCCAUAAAUACGUCCACAUCUCGUUCCAACCGUCAGCUGUCACACUCAUCUCCAUUCCAUUCACGUUCAUUUCUUCAACGACGCUUGUAUUCACCUUUUAAUCUUUCCGAGUGAUCAUUCAUCAAGCUCGUCGCCGGCCGACAAAUCAUUCAAUAUCUUCUUCAUCAACAACUCAAAUCCAAAACACCGCAAAAAUGCAGUACUCUUUCGUCACCCUUUUCGCCCUUGUUGCAGCCGUCUCGGCUCUGGCUACUCCUCGGCAGGAGCGCAAUGCAUUCGUGAAGCGCCAAGCUGCGAGCGGUGCCACUCAGGGCGGCAUCCCUGUCAACUCCCCAGCCAUGACCAACGCGAACGGCGAGGUCAUCGCCUUCGACGCAGCCAAUGUCUACCAGGACAGCAAGGCCAAGGGUCUGUGAAUGGACUCAAUAGCCACGAGAAACCCAAACAAAUAAUGGGGAUGACAACCAUGGGGUAGUCAGCUGGCUGUAAGACGUUUUGAUUGUCAGCAGUUGGGCCAGCUGGUUGUGGGGUGAAGGAGAACAAACCGGACGUUACGAUACCACCAUUUUAAUCGCGGGUCGGCCUCGAGGACCUUUCUGAGAGGCUGACGGCAAAGUCGAGGAUCUUUCUUUAAAGAACCUCAGUGUUGGAAAAGAUUGUUCAAGAUUUCAAGAACGAUUUAGGAGAGAGUCACAGUUUGCUCUAUCAAGCGAGUUCUGUCGAUAUUCCUCUCUGGGCUGAUGAAUGGCCCACCACCAGCAAAGACCAAAACUUUGAAUACAUUCUUCUUCUUGGGCGCAUUUGCGACCCGGUUAUUUUUUUCACCGAAACUUUGGUUCCCAUGAUGAUUGAUAUUGAUUGAUCCUGUGAUGCUUCAUCUGAAUUAUUUAAAUAAGAGAGAUAUUAG